AUGCUCUGUCUUCCGCUCGUGUUUCUGUCCGUCUGGCCGCUUCAUCUUGAAUAUGCCUAUGCGCAUGAAGCUGUAUCGCGGCGCUCAACACCAAGGCUGGGCCCAGAUGGGCGCGAAAUAUCAAAACAUACCGGGAGGGACGAUGAUGACGAGCAGAAGUUCUUUGAGUUCGUAACGCGACCAGACAUUGGAGCUCCGCGCUGGAAUAUCCAGGUGUAUGAUGAGGAAGCCUUAGCACCAGGAUACUGGCUCGUGGCCCCUUAUGCCAAGCUCGAUCAGAGAGAGGAAGGGAGCAAGUGGAAUGGCCCGCAUAUCUACGACUCCACUGGCGAGCUGGUAUGGAGCGGUGCUCCCUUCUUCGACCACUUCAAUACAUUCGACUUUCGCACGGUCACUGUGGGUGGGAAGGAAAUGCUAAGCUUGAUCUUUCCACACAAGCAGCAUGGCGAAGGCGUGGUGCUGGACAAUAACUACAGCAUCUACACUGCAGUCGAUCUGUUGGGCGAGCUCAAAGCAACAAACAUGCACGACUUUACAGUCGUCGAUGACGGGGAACGGGCUUUAACACUUUCACAUGUGCCUGGCAAAAGCACGAUUGGACAGAGCAAAGCGGUUGGGUUCGAUGGAAAUUGCUCAGCUGGCUGGGAGGGCUUCAACGAGCUCCGUGUUGAGGAUAGCGAACUUCUCUUCGAAUGGAGCGCGAGAGACUGGCUUGGUCUUGACGAAACCAUGUUCAUCCCGGACACCACCAUCGACGAGCGAUGUACCCACAGCUGGGACAUACUGCAUCUAAACUCAGUCGACAAAGCCCCAGACGGAGACUAUGUGAUAUCAUCACGGCAUAUGAACGCCAUCUAUAAGAUUUCGCAUGUCGACGGCCACAUCGUCUGGAGACUGGGCGGAAAGAAGUCAGACUUCGAGUUCGUCGACCCGGCGGCAAAGUUUUCACGACAGCAUCACGUGCGAGUGCGUUCACAGAACGAAACACACAUGAUCCUCUCCGUCUUCGACAAUGCCAUGGGUGACCAUUCGCCCGCUGUCGAACAUCCCACGAACGACAUCUCCCGAGGCCUGAUACUCGCGCUCAAAACCACUCCUCCCAUGACCGUGGAGCUGCUGGCGCACUAUGACCAUCCACAAGGUGGCAUUACCAACAGUCGUGGUUCCACGCAAAUCCUGCCUAGCGGGAACAUCUUCAUGGGCUGGACAUACUCCUCCCGCCAGUCUGAGCAUACUCCGGACGGCAGAUUACUCAUGGAAGCGAACUUCAAAGAGGGCUCAGCACAUUCGUAUCGCAACUACAAAUUCCCAUGGGUAGGCCGUCCCUCCGCGCCACCGGACGUUCAUAGCGCCGCUGUGGAUAACGACGACGGGAGCGUCAGCACAACUGUGCACGUGUCAUGGAACGGGGCUACGGAGGUAGCGUCGUGGAAUCUAUGCAAAUCGUUUGGAGAUGGCACGACUGCAAAAAAAGUCGGUCUUGCCUCAAGACAAGGCUUUGAAACGGCUUUCACGUUCGACGGGUACGCGAGUUAUGUCGUGGCCGAGGCCUUGGAUAAGUAUGGCGAGCCGUUGGCCUUCGGCAAGUCUCGCGUGGUGAAGACGGUUGAGCCAAAGAACAUGGAAAGCCCAGACGUUGUCGCCGAGAUGGAGUGGCUCGAGGAACCCGUGACGAGCUCGUUGCCCGCAGAGUCACCAGAGAUUGCGCGCAAUUCCGUCGUUAUUUUCGCUUUUGGGUUUGGUGUUUGCGCCGCUCUAAUGGGCGUACUGGGCUGCGUGAUGCGUGGUAUACGCCGCUCUAAUAGCAGCGCGGCGGCGUGGUGGAAGAAGCAGGCCGGACCGGCGUAUGAGCUUGUGUCGCAAGGUCCGAGGAAGGUGUAUGAUCAAUUGGCGCAGAGGGAAGAUGACGAUUACGAGGACUAUAUAUGA